GCUAGAGUACUGAUUGUCGUUGGCAGAGUUUAUCGUGACACCGUUUUGUAAAACCAAGAGUGCAGCGCUGCAGUGAGACCUGUACGAAACGUAUAUCGUCAGUGCAUUUUAUUCCGUUCUGUUUGGUGAUUCGCCGUCGCCGUCGUUGCCGCAAAUUUGCAAUGUAGAAUAACAUGGCAACCACUAUAAAGUUCACAAAGUUCGACAACAGGCCAUGGGGCUUUCGACUGGCGGGUGGCAGUGAUUUUCCGCAGCCGUUGACUGUCAUCCGAGUUACGGAAGGAAGCUUAGCGGAGUGUAUGGGAUUAAGAGUUGGAGAUGUCAUUGUAAGAUUAAACGAUCAAUCCAUCAGUACUCUAUCACAUGGUCAGGCCCACGAAGCACUCAAUUUGGCCGGAAACAAUUUCGUACUUGCGAUCCACAGGGUAGAAGAUACGGAAACACUCGUGGAGGCAAUUACAAAAGACGAAAUUGAGCCAUACUCAAUAAAUUUGGAUGAUUUACCACCUCUUCAACCACUGGAAGAGAUUUUAACAAAGUUAACGGCAGAGCCUGUAAUUGAAGACCCCCCCGAGGAAGAAAUUGUUGAGGAAAGUUUUGAAGAAAGAAUAGAAAUUAUUGAAGAAGUGCCAGACAAACCAAAAGACGAAAAUAGUGAAGAGAUUCCGAAUCAGAAUUUAACUGAUGAAGAAAUAGCUCAGCUUAUUAUAGUUGAGGAAGAGCUACUUCCUGAAAAAGGAGUUCUUGGAGUGAACUUUAAAAAACUGCGUCCCAGGGCUCCACUCUUCAAAGAUUCCAAAGUCUUUGAGGAAUUGCAGAAGGAGGCCACAGCAGAACCUCCUUUGAUCCAGGAACUCAAACGCAGCACAACUUUCCUCCAGAAGCCAGAACGACCUAUACCAAAGCCAAAGUCAGCCACUGCUGAAGAAAGCACUUUAACUCAACCUCAGGAGACGUACAAAGUCGUUAUAAAGAAGCAGACCAAAAAGAGCAUCACGGAGCGACUCGUGGAAAAAGGUCUCUUGGAGCCAGGAUGUGUAAAGUCCUCCGAUCAGGGAUCAGAGAAAACUACACCGGCCGCAACUCCAGAUCUUUGUGGAAGGUCAGAUUACGGAACAGAUUCCCGCCCGGAAUCAAAAGCAGAAAUUCGGGAAUUGGCUGCAACGGACGUUGAAAGUAAGGGGCAAACAGAAAUUAUUGAAGUGAAAAACGCAGAACAGGAAAUACGCUUCGAAAAUAGGAGGGAGGAAAAUUUAGAAGAAGUUGAAUCUACAGAGGAGGAGUUAAAUAAGGAAUUUAAGGAGGAAAACCAAGAGAAAGAAUUGUCGAGGAGAGAAGAGAGUUUAGUUAAUGAACUUCCGUCUCUACCACAAUUGGACGAGCAAAAACUGAAAGAACUUGUAUCGACUGAAAUUAACCUUGAAAAGCAGCUGGAAAGUGUUCAAAAGCAACUCCUGGCUUUGAAGCAACUGCCAAGUGAAAUUGAAAAUCAUUUAAGGAUUGUAUCAGAACAGUUAUAUAAAAUAAUGGAACUCAGCGGCAUGCGUAAUGGAAGAGAAGAAAGUUGUUGUCGAUGCUUGAAAGAAGAGGAGGAGAGAUCAAGACAAGAAGAAGAGAGGCGACAGCAACAAAUAGAAGAACUCGAGUGUCACUGUGUACGAGAACUGGGACCUGGUGCAGAUAGUCAACAGCAAAGUUAUGCAUCAGAUGGCAGGAGAUCUCAAGCGACUGAUAAUGAGGAGAUUCCUGAAAUAGUCGAACCAGAAUAUGGCGGUGAACCAGACUCAGUAGAAUUGGAGAUAUCUAUUAAAAGUUCUGAAGAAGAUGACAGUAGAGUAAAAAAAUACAUUGUAUCGUACGAAUCAAAGGUCGAAAAAAUGACCCGUGAGGUCGUCAGGUCUAGAGAUCCUAGUCCAAUUACUACUCAAUGUGCAGGCUCUAAUAUAGGAGACUAUGAACCUGAUCCAAAUAAGAAUCCUAAAGAGCAAUUGAUAGAGGAAUUAAAGCACAGACAAGGAAAAAAACGUUCUCAAGAUCUUUGGCCCCAGGCUAAGCAAUUGGAGCUGACUUAUGGGAGAAGGUGGAGAUGUACUAAUGACUUUUUCAAUGAUGACAUGAUAGCAGAAGUCCUUUCAUCUCAAGCAGAAGUAGUUCGGGGCAAAACUUUGGGAGUGAAUUUCAAGAAAUUUGAGAAAACAGCUCUUCCAAAUUUCGAUCACCUGAUGAAUUCAAGUGUUUAUAAGAUGAUUCAUAAGAUGGAAGAGGAACCGAAAAAAGGAAUACCUGCAAGGCCGCCAAAAGUCAACGCUGCUGAAGAUGUUUUAGAAAGAGAUUCACCUACACAAAAUACGUUAGACGACGUGAGCUUCAGAAGUGUCAGUCACUGACGAAAAAUACGUUUUCUUAACUAAAAAAACAUGAUAUUAAUUAAUUUUUUAAUAAAAAAUUUAGUAACUGAGGAAAUCCGAUACAGUUCAAACUGGUGCACAUCUUAAGAGAAAUUCAACAAAAGCAUACAUUUUUUUAAGAAGUUCAUUUAAUAUGUUAAUUAUGAUAAUUAUUAUUAUUGUUUACCUCUAUAAAACUACUGCAACUUGUAAUUUUUCAAUAAUUUAUGUACAAAUUAUAAUUAUUAUCAAUCAGAAAUAUGUAAAACAUUAAAUAUCUAAACAUUGUACUACCUGAGAAAAAUAAAUCAAUUUAGACUA